AUGGAAUAAAAUGGUAACUUUAUUGUUUAAUUAUGUAAUAAUUAAUUUUAUAGAAUGAUUUCACUAUUCACCUUUUUGGUUUGUUCAGUGGUCUCAAAUGAAUUAUUAUUCAUUUCUCUAGAAUCAGAGUAUCAUUUUACUAUAUUUAGUAACCUUAUUUAUCCUAUGGGAAUUGAGCUUUAAUCUGGAAUUGAUUAAGAAAACAAUAUAUAUUUUUAUGAUGUUACUACUCAUGGUAUCAACACUGGGAGUGACAUAUUUACUAUCGGAAGUAAAUAUUCCAAUAUCUUUCAGUUUGGAUUAAAGGAAAUUCAUAAUCAGAAAAGUAAUUUAUAAUGUCAAUAAUGUCAAUAGAUGGAGCUAGUGAAAUUGUUUACUUAGAAAAUGAUCAAAUUAUGACAAUUGAAGGCAAUUCAUUUGAAUAUAUUGAUGAAGUUUGGGUCUAUGUGUUUUUUUUACAAUUAGACCUUUCCUCAUAAUUGAUUUGUUAUUUGGAUUUAUCUAUUACCUAUGAUCUAUAAUGUCAAUAAUUUAGUAGGGAAGGAGAGUAUUAUCUUUUUAGCUUUUUAUAGCCUUCUAUUUUUUAAACAGAAUUGUAUGAAAUCUAUCCUUGGUAAGGAGAGGCUAUUUCAAUAACAGCUAAAUUGCUAAAUAUGCAAUAUGAUAUAUUUGACAAUCCUAUUAAAAGUUUAAUCAUUUCAAACUAUGUUGAAUUGAAUGUAAUAUUUGAUCUAAAAUUGUAUGAGAGAACUUAGACCAAUGUAUUAAAAGAUUGGAGUGAUAAUUAACACAUUGUAAAAAUAGGAAAUACAAUAAAUCCUAUAAUUAUUCCAAAUCAAUAAUUAUUGUCAUUCUAAAACUAAAAUAUAUUGAAAUUGAAAAUUUUAAAAUUUCAAAUACAAUUACUAUUGAAUUUUAAUUAUUUGAUGAUAUUCUAACAGAUGAGAUCACUCUAUUCAUAUUUUAAUCUAAAAAGUUAGCUAUAGAUGUAUUAACAAUUAAGGCAAAUUUCAAUACAUAAGCAUUAUUGA